AUGAAUUCUUAAGAAUCCAACAUGCCCAAGAACCAAAUAUAGAGUGCACUAAAUCAUGAGCAUAUUCAAAGAUUUUAGUCCGACGAAUCUAAUUAAAAGUCAGAUUUUCUUCUUCUAAGUUUGGAUAGGAGCUUCUUUAAUCUCACUCUCCUAUAUAAAUCUUUAAUCAAAGUAAAUAUUGAAAAGGAGAAAAGUCAAGAUAGACCCUUAGUGGAUUCCAUUCUACAAGAUUGUUUUUCUUAAAUUAGGAUAGGAGCUUCUUAACCAGAGAGCUUAUAUGCAAAGAGACACCAUAUUCGUAUACAAAGCCAAUAAGAAAAGAAUUUAUCUUGA